AUGGCGGCUCCCAGUAGGAAACUACGAAGCAUUUGCAUACCCGUAUUGCUCUCUGUAACUCUGCUCGUAAUUUCGAUCCUCAUUUUAGCCUUUACUGCUUUCAAGCCCAAGCGGCCCACCAUCGCCGUCGAUUCAGUUUCUCUGCUCGAUCUGAACAUUUCUCUGGACGCCGCUAGGCUGAGCGUCGAUCUGAAUUUGUCUCUCUUGCUUGAUCUCUCCGUUGAGAAUCCGAAUAAGGUAGCCUUCGAAUACUCCUAUAGCACCGCCGUCGUGAGUUACAGAGGCGAAGAACUCGGAGAAGCGCCGAUUCCGGCCGGCCGGUUGCCGGCCGACAGGACUGAGAAAAUGAACCUAACAUUAACGAUGAUGGCUGACCGGCUCCUGGCUAAGUCGGAGCUAUUCUCCGACGCGAUCUCUGGUGAAGUCCCGAUCAACAUUUUCACCCGACUGUCCGGGAUUGUGAAGGUGAUCGGUGUUUUCAAGAUUCAUGUUGUGGCCUCGUCGUCUUGUGAUUUCACCAUCGGCAUUGGAAACAGAAGCAUUAAAGAUCAGAAAUGCCAUUACUAG